AUUAUCAAUGUUGAAUCGAGUAAAUACUGUUUACUAAUAUUUUAAUAAAAAAUUUUUAUACAUUAAAUCAAAUUAUAAUGGAAGAUAGUGGAAUCGACAGUGGAGAUACUAAACCAUCAAUUAUAAGCGAAGAAGAAGGAUUAUUUAAUGCGGUAGGAAGUGAUAGCUCUUGUGGAAGUAGUUCAUCACCACCCAGAUCAGUUUCAUCAAAAGAUAUUCAGCCAAUAGUGGUCGUAUCAUCAUGCAUAGGUGGAAACGCAAGUACUCGACAAAUUCAAAGAAAAUUAGAGGCCCGUAUAGAACAAGCGAAACGUAAACAUCGUUUACAAGAAUAUAAGAAAACCACUCAGAAUUUAAUACCAAUAGAGAGAUUACCAAUACCGGGCGUUAAAGAGCAACAACCUUUAGUUGAUUGGGAAACAGAUGAAAGUGAGGAAGAUAUAGCAAAUUUUUUCCCAAUAAAUCGAGUUAAAGAAAUUCACAAACAUCAAGAAUUAACAGACACAUUCAGUAUAGAAGAAAUGUCAAUUUCGGGAGGUGAGGAUGAAGAUGAAGAAGACGAUUUACAUUUAGUUCCUCCCACACCUUUAAAUCGACGAUUUGAAUGCUGUAUGUCAUUACCAACGGAGAAAUGUUCUAUUAUACACAUAAAAAUGAAUUUCCACAAUAUAUAGCUCAAUACUGGCAGCUCCC